AUGAGGCUUAGGAGCGAUGUGGGUCCGGACGAACCCGGUUCGAGCGGGUUUCACGGCGGAAUCCGGCAAUUCCCGCUCGCAGCUCAGCCGGAGAUUAUGAGAGCAGCCGAGAAAGACGACCAGUACGCUUCUUUCAUCCACGAAGCGUGCCGCGAUGCCUUCAGACACCUAUUUGGUACAAGAGUCGCUCUAGCUUACCAGAAAGAGAUGAAACUUCUUGGGCAAAUACUUUACUUUGUUCUGACCACAGGAUCAGGGCAACAAACUUUAGGAGAGGAAUAUUGUGACAUUAUACAGGUUGCAGGACCUUAUGGGCUCUCUCCUACACCAGCUAGACGUGCUUUGUUCAUAUUGUAUCAGUCUGCAGUUCCAUAUAUCGCAGAGAGAAUUAGCUCUAGAGCUGCGACACGAGCGGUUACCUUUGAUGAGUCUGAGUCUGAUGAGAUUUUCGGUGAUAGUCAUAUCCAGUCACCAAGAACGAUUGAUCUUGCAUCAUCACCUCAAGUGGAAACUUCAGCUUCUGCUGUAUCUAGGUUAAAAGAUAGAGUUAAGAGAUUGUGGCACCGAGCUACUCGGAGAUGGCCUGUGGUCCUCCCUGUUGCCCGUGAAGUCUUACAAUUGGUUCUCCGUGCCAAUCUGAUGCUCUUCUACUUCGAAGGUCUGUAUUAUCAUAUAUCGAAACGAGCAUCCGGGGUUCGUUAUGUUUUCAUAGGAAAGCAACUGAAUCAUAGACCUAGAUACCAAAUUCUCGGGGUUUUCCUUCUAAUCCAGUUGUGCAUCCUUGCUGCCGAGGGCUUGCGUCGGAGUAAUUUGUCAUCUAUCACAAGCUCAGUUCAACAGGCGUCUACAGGAUCUUAUCAAACUUCUGGAGGAAGAGGGUUACCUGUUUUAAACGAAGACGGAAACUUGAUAACAUCAGAAGCUGAAAAGGGAAACUGGUCCACUUCCGAUUUAACUUCAAAUUUGGAGGCUGUAGGGAAAUGCACUCUCUGCUUAAGCAACCGUCAAUACCCGACAGCCACUCCUUGCGGUCAUGUAUUUUGUUGCUCAAAAUGGAUCAACAAGGACACAACACUACAGAAAGGCGAAGCAGCUACUACGAUGAAAAGCAAAGAAACAAGGCCAAGGAGCUCCCCCACACAAGGUGACAACUUCGGACAUUACAUCUUGUACACGAGUGGAAUCUGUUACAGACUUCAUUGUCGAUCCUAUGCCUAG